UUUAAUCGGGAAAAAGAAUGUUUCCGUAGUUGGGGGGCUCCUGAAUAAGCCCGACUUUCUCUUGACCUUCUGAACGCUUUCUUCGACUCUGAAACAGUCUCCUCUGUCUCUCCACAAUACAGCGAGAAUCAGAAAGAACCAAAAGAAACGUCCCCUUUCGGGUGCGGAAACAGAGACCAUUAUCCAAGAAUAAUAUAUAUGAACCAAGAUGCCAAAUAUAGUUCUUAAAGCAGGGAGUAGGCCACCGUGGGUGGGAUUGGCAGCCGCUGCAUGGGUGCAGGUCGCUGCUGGGAAUGGCUACAACUUCCCACUCUACUCAUCUGCACUUAAAUCGGUGCUUGGUUUCAACCAGCAGCAGUUAACACUUCUUGGAGUGGCUAAUGAUAUUGGAGAGAGCGUGGGUUUGAUCCCUGGUAUUGUCAUCAAUAAGUUGCCUCCUUGGGCUGUGCUUUCUGUGGGUGUAGUUUUUUGUUUCUUGGGGUAUGGCGUUCUUUGGCUUGCUUUUAGCCAAACUGUCCCUGGCUUGCCUUAUUGGCUGCUAUGGCUUGCACUUGUUGUUGCCACUAAUAGCAAUGCAUGGUUUGGCACAGCUGUGCUUGUAACCAAUAUGAGAAACUUCCCUCUUAGUAGGGGUACUGUUUCUGGCAUUCUCAAAGGUUAUGUUGGGAUCUCUGCUGCAGUUUAUACUGUGCUUUUCAAUAUGGCGCUGGGUGACUCUGCCUCAAAGCUUCUGCUAUUCCUUACACUUGGCAUUCCUAUUAUAUGUCUAGCAAUGAUGUUCUUUAUUCGACCCUGUACUCCAGCUUCUGGAGAAGACUCUUCUGUUCAUGUCCAUUUUGUUUUCACCCAAGCUGCAAGCAUUGUGCUUGCCCUUUAUCUUCUCAUAUCCACUAUAAUAAGUGAUUUGAUUCCUUUAAGUGAUACUCUUUCAUACAUAUUAGUUGCCAUAAUGGUUAUUUUUUUGAUGUCUCCUCUUGCAAUUCCUGUCAAAAUGACUCUUUUUCCUGUGAGGCCAAAGAACCAUAUCCCAGCAACUGAUUCUUUGGAUCAUCUGGUUUCGGAAGAAGGUGAAUCGGCCCCGACAGAUCCUUUGGUGACACCAUCUUCAUCAGCCUCAUAUCUUGGAAGUUUUCUUGAUAUUGAGGAUGCUUCAGAUAUAGAAAUACUUCUCGCUGUGGGAGAGGGAGCAGUGAAGAAGAAAAGGAAACCUAAGAGAGGGGAGGAUUUUACAUUUGUUGAAGCUUUAAUCAAGGCUGAUUUCUGGCUUGUUUGGGUGGUAUGCUUUCUUGGAGUUGGUUCUGGAGUAACUGUUCUCAAUAAUUUGGCUCAAAUUGGGUUUGCAUAUGGCCUUGAUGAUACAACAAUAUUGCUUGCUGUCUUCAGCUUUUGCAAUUUUGUUGGCCGUCUUGGCUCGGGUGCUGUUUCUGAGCACUUUGUCAGGUCAAAAACAAUUCCUCGAACCCUGUGGAUGACAUGUGCACAAUUAAUCAUGGUUGUGAUAUUCAUUCUAUUGGCAUUAGCUCUUGAUGGUAUUCUUUUUGUUGCAACUGCUGUGAUUGGUGUCUGUUAUGGUAUUCUGUAUUCUGUAACAGUGCCAACUGUCUCUGAGCUUUUCGGCUUGAAACAUUUUGGCAUAAUUUAUGCCUUUAUGUCGCUGGGAAAUCCUAUAGGUGCACUUCUUUUCUCGGGGCUGCUUGCUGGAUAUGUGUAUGAUGCAGAAGCUACUAAGCAAGGAAGCUCUACCUGUGUGGGUCCUGAUUGUUUCAAGGUGACAUUCCUGGUUCUAGCUGGCAUCUGUGGAUUAGGCACCAUCCUGAGCAUAAUCCUGACAGUUAGAUUAAGGCCAGUUUACCAAAUGCUUUAUGCAGGAGGUUCUUUUCAUCUACCUCAAUCUUCAGGCCAUUAACAAGCAGAAAGUAUGGCUGUUAUGUAAUAAAAAAAAUUGAGACAUGCCUAUUUUGCAGAGUUUACCGUGCAGUACCAAAGGAAGUAGCUUGAAUUGGCUACAUAUGGUGCAAAUUGCUGAGAAAUUAAUCUACCCCGAGAAUUUGUUGGCUGUGGAUGAGCUAAUUGGGGUUUGUCAGUAAAAGCUUUUGACAUUCAAUAUAUAUAUAUAUAUAUAUUGCCCUUUGAGGAAUGAUUUUGCUUGUGUAUCAGUGAAAUUAUAUCUUCCUGAGCUAUAUCAAAGCCUGAACUGGAAUGCUGUAGCAAACUAUAUGUGAAAGAUUAAUGUUAUAGUGCCUCAUUUAUGUUUUUUCCUUCUA